UCAGAGCUUCAACCCUCACAUCAGUCCAAGCGAUCGGCAAGAAGGAAGCGGAGAGCUGGGCGGACGCGUGCAGAGAAGGGAGGGAAGAAGGUUAAGCUAUUGACAGCUUCCUAAACCGCGGUUAUCCGUGCAAGUCCUGGAAAACUGACCAAUGGCCGCCGCCGUGGACGAAUCAAGUCCUAAAAACUUGAAUCGUUGAAGACAUCUGGAGAUGUAUCUUUAAAAGGUCAUAUGGAUCAUAUCCCCAGCACCAUGUUGCACCUCACCUGUUGCCACACUUCAUGCCCUGUGACCUGGCACUGAUUUGAAAGAAGCUUUUUUUUAUCCAGAAGUUUAUAAACAAAGAGGUACGCAAGUUACUCUCUGUUUGAUCAAUGAUAUGCUUCUGCACCUUCUCAUGUGCUCUUUUGAGGCUCUCUCAAGUCCCAGUUUAGUAAAUUGAAGUGCCGUACCACGUUACCUUUGACCCUUCAUCUCUACCUCGGUAUUAAAGGGAAGUGUUUUAUCCAUCUUAGAUUUCCUGCACCUAAGGAACUAUAAUCUGAUUUUGUUUCUGCAAAGACAGCUUCUCAAGAUCAAGAGUAAAAUGCCUUGAGAGUUAUUAAUAUUGGCUACAGUGUGGAUAUCCAGUCUUGGAUGAUUUUACUCAAAACAAUUUGCCAUUUGGAUUAUGUACUCCAACUUCCGCAAAUGCACUAAAGUUAGGCUUGAAGUUGCUUGCAAUUCCUAGUAUGUUUACGUCUCUGGUGUAAGAGGAAGAGCAUCCAGCACUGCUGGGCUUCGCUUCUGAACCUGUACUUAAGACCGUGACCCUAUGACUGAGGCAGCAUCCAUUGAUCUUGUGCUUUGGAAAGAAAUUCCCUCUGACGCAGUCCUUCACAGCAACAGGAGGCUGGCAGUAAUUAUGGUCCUUUCUGGCUCCCAGAGGUUUUACAUGGAUCUCUGCACCCUCCCCAUGGCAACCAUCAGUUAGCCAGGCACAAGCCCGCUUUGGGGUGGACCUUGGUGAUGUCAUCAGGAGUAUUGACCUUUGCAGCUCAGUGCACUGCUGCUCUCUGACUAGGCUUGUCUGCUACAUUACAGAACGGAAUUCAGACUUCCCCAUCUGGCUAUAACAAAGCCUGGCCUUAACCAUUCAUGUCGUGGCUUCUGCCACGACGGGGGAACUUGCGUUUUGUUUUUUUCUUGACUUUGUGGAUCCAAGGUGAAGCCUGCUGGCUGCAGCUUUUUAUGGCAGGGAUUGUGUGGAUUGAAAGACUCAAACACUUCAAGGGAGAUUUUUGUCUUUGGCUGCUGGAGUCUUCACUGAUCUGCUUGGAGAAAAAUGCACAGGAAGCAGGAAACUUUGGAUUAACGUAAAUACGCUGGGACACUGUAGCAGGGUUUCAGUUUUGGUUGGCCAAGCAAAGGCCCAGGGGAGACCACUUUUUGAUUUUCUUAAUCUCUUUGUUAAUCUGGCGCUACCUUGACAGAAUGUCACCUCUCCAUGAAAUGUAAGAGCUGCUGGUGGUUUAUGAAAGAAGAAAUUGUACAACACUGUCCUUUCGUGGCAUGCUAGGAAGCAAAGACACUGUCACUGUCCUCAUUCUGGUCAGGACAUCUUAAAGGGUGUAGUGGUCUUUUGUGAAAAUGCAACAACCGCAUGAAUUAGCCAUUCACAGAGAAGCUGGAGAGUUCGAUUGGCCUCUGAGGAGGAUCUGCUCUGCCCAGUACUGACCGGAACUGCUGCAGGAAGAUUAAGCAGCCCCAGCAUCCUCACUAGGAGCUCCAACCCACACUUGUAGGAUCACCCUUGUUAUGAUCUGUGCUCGCUGCUGCCCCCUGGAGCCAUGCCCAUGCCAGUGCCCAACAUGGCAGUGAGCCCACCAAAGUCCUACUUCUGGGAGGUAUUCCCUCCCAUGCCCACUCGCAGGGUGUACUGCACGCCCCUCUUCCAGGACAGCAGGCUCACCGUGCUGGGCGGCUGCAGUGAGACAGGCCUGCCACUGGACAGCGUCGAGGUGCUGGACAUUGGUUCACAGACCUGGAUCCAGCUGCCGCCGCUGCCCACAGCCCGAGCGGGCGCUGCCGCUGUGGCGCUAGGGACUCGGGUCUUGGUGAUGGGGGGCAUGGACGCCCAGCAGAACCCGCUGUCUUCAGUGGAGAUCUACAACCCCGAUGAGGGCAAGUGGGAGAGAAAGACCAGCCUGAGCCAACCCUCGAUGGGCAUCAGCACUGUGGAGAAAGACGGGAAGGUGUACGCGCUGGGGGGCAUGGGUGUGGACACGACCCCCCAGGCACUGGUGCGAGUCUACGAGCCGGCCAAAGACCAGUGGCAGCUGUUGUCCUCCAUGCCGACUCCUCGUUAUGGCACCGCCUCCUUCCUGCGCGGGAACAAGAUUUACAUGCUAGGUGGACGGCAGGGCAAGCUGCCGGUGACAGCCUUCGAGGCCUUCGACCUGGAGAUGAGAAGCUGGACGCGCUUCCCCUGCAUCCCCAGCCGGCGGGCAUUCGCAGGCUGUGCCACCACCGGCCGCAGCUUCUUCAGCCUGGGGGGCCUGCAGCAGCCUGGGCCACACAACUUCUACUCGCGGCCACACUUCGUCAGCACCAUGGAGGAGUACGACUCCGAGAUGGGGAUCUGGAUCAAACCCACGCGGGCAUCUCGAAUGAAGGAGAAGCGGGCCGAUUUUGUGGCUGGGUUCCUUGGAGGGAGGAUAAUUGCGGCAGGCGGCCUGGGUAACCAGCCAUCCCCUCUGGCCUCCGUGGAGAGCUACAAUCCCAUGAAGAAGCGCUGGGAGUUUGUGGCCCCUCUGCCCAGCCCCCGCUGCUCCUGUGCCGGCCUGCAGACGCCCCACAUGCUCUUCCUCAUCGGGGGUGUGGCCCAGGGUCCCAGCAAUGCCGUGGAGGCACUCUGCAUGAGGGAGACUGUGUGAGGGACAGCGUGUUUGGGGAGAGGAGGAGGCGGCAUGUGAGACACACACAGGUCCUGGCUGAAAUCUCCCAGCAGCCUCUCUCUCUGCAGCAGGCUAAACGCUUCAAGGUGAAGACAACCAGCACCGAACAGCUUUCUUGCCUGAAUUUUUUUCAGAUGGCUCUUCAGCAUGAGGCUAACACACUUUCUUGCUGUAUGCAAAGAGGCUUCUAUGCUCCAGAUGUUUCAGACAGGAAAACAGGCAAAAAAAAUUAAACAAUCAUCAGAUUUAAAACUUGAUUUGAUUAUACAAUCAAAGCAGGGUAUUCGUAUAAAAUAUGGAACACAGGGCCAUAGAUGCAAAGCCGGUGCAGCCUCAGGCAGCACUGGCACGCUUAGCACUUAUUUUUACUUUCCGGAAAAACAAAGUUGAUGCAGGAGGGUUUUUUUCUCUGCAAAGACGCAUUUUUGAAUAUGGCAGAGAUUUGCCUAGAUGACAAUGACUACAGGUUCACUGUCUCCCAGGGAAACGAAGGGGACUGCGGGGUGGGGGGAUUAUCAGUCGGUUAGAGUCUGUGAUUGCUAUGACCCUAAGACCCCGGAUGACCACCUGUCUCUGCAGUGGGAUUUUCUCCGUGCCUGUCAGUGCCAGGGCAACCACGAGUGAUGGAGAACCGCGAAGGUGGCUGGGGCUUAGGGCUGCGGCCACCUUGAUGCAGUGCACUGCCGGCCUGUCAUAUCCACACUCCUUCCUGUCAGAGCACCCGGUGCGUCUUGCCUGAGGUCAGGCUGGAGGCUGCAGGAAGUGGUGCCUGUACUUGCAUCAUUUUUCCUUUUUUAAUCCCCAUUCUGUCCAUCUUUGAGUAGCAUCUGCCUUGUGGUGUGUAGGAGGGACUGUACCAGAGCCGUGCCUCUUUUCCCUCUUCAGUCCCAUUUCACAUCUCCUCAUGACCCACUCUUCCAUAUCACCGGCCCAUGGCAAUCCUGGCAUUGGUUUCAUCAUGAAAAAAUGAACUCCAUCUGCAAAUUAGCUGGAGAUAGCAUUAAACCAAGAUCACAGGACUGUGUUCUCUGAGGAUUUUCGUGCUUGUAGAUCAGAGAAUCAAACACCCAGCUGACAGCAGCUAAUGGCGUCCAUUUCCCUGGGUGCUUUCUUGUGGCAUCUUCAUACAUGGGUUGGGGGGGGGGGCAAUCUUUUGCUGUCUGACUGCACACCCAGGGGAACUGAGUGAUUAGCGAGCUUUCACAGUCUACGACCGCAGGACAAUUCGGUGACCAAACUGUCACAUGUGUACAGAGCUCAGUCUGUAUUAAACACACACCUCACUUCCUUUCCCCAGUCAACUGGUCAUCUUAUAGGUCACAUAGGAUCAGUGAGACUUUUGAAACAUCUCCCAUCCCUUCACUAAUUGCCAGCCCCUUUUCUCUCACAAGCAGCCCUGUAAUCACACGGUCCCCUGCUGGAUGGCUAAAUUGCCUGCUAUCCACAGGAGAGGGGAGCACAGUUCUGAAGCAAUUAAAUGAUGUGGCGGGGGGUGGGGGGCUCGGGAAUUUACAGUUCCACUAUUAUUGAGACCUUGAAUGCUUUAGCAUAUGCCACCCUUGAUAUCUAUGCAUUCACAGCUUCCAGGCACCCUAGCUGCGGACAUUUGGAUGGUUGUAGCCCAAGCAGCUGGUAGGGCGUAUUUCUGCGGCCGAAAUUGAUCAGCGCUGGCACUGUUCCCACACUGUGACAAAGUCGCACGUUGGUGCAAGCCCUUACACAUCAGAGAUAUCACUCACAUCCUCCGUUUUUGCCCCACAGAAUUUGAUUUGUGGAUGUUGCUAUGGUUUCCAGGGGGGAAAGAUUCUUGUAAAUCUGCUAGGGUGCGCCGUUUGAUAGAUAGUUAAGCGCCUGUAUAUAAAUAUUAACCACAUGACUGACAUCUCUGCCAGGCAAAAGAAAAAGUAGUGAGAGCAGAAAAAAAUUCUUUCCAAUCAGGGUGAAAUCAACUUCUGCUUGAAAGGAAUACAGUUAUUCUGAAGCCUUGGUGUGUGGCCUAAUUAUGCAUUUACUGUAGUAAGCACCUGUACCUGCAUCAUGCUGCAUCUUGACACACAUUCUGCCCUUCAGGUGUGCCAGAGAGGCGUGAAUUUGGUGCAGACUAAAAAAAGAUAUAUUUGAAAAUGAUCAUCUUCCCCUGACUUACAGUAUAGUGGUGACUCAUUUAUAAAUCAAUGCCUGUAAUCCCCAAUGACACGCUCACUAAUGCUCCUUAGAUACCUGUUCAUUUGCUCACACGUGCAUCAUAUACCCAGAUUUCCAGCAUUGUUGUCCUGGUGGAACUUUAUUUCAUUCAUCAGGUAGUGAAAUUAUCCUCAAAGAACAAGCAUUUGUGUUAUAUAAUGAAGGCUGACUGCAUUGUGAGCAGGGCUAUGAGGAUCAGAGAAAAAAAACAGAUAUAAGAAAAAUCUAUUUAUUUCGACCCAGCCCCUAGUCACGGGAUGAAACUCAUUGAGAUUGUUUCUUUUCUUUUAUCCUCCAGCUUGUCAGUACUCAUCCUUUCUAUGUCCGCUCUGUUUCAGAGAGGUGCACUGCAGACAGGACAUCCCAUAAUUCCAUUGGUCAGUCAUAGAGGUUUAAAAACAAGCAUCACUUCUUUGUGGCUCUGCUAUACAGUGCGAUAACUUCAUACACAUAAAUUUCUCAGCUUUGAGUUUUUUUGAGCAUUUUAAGUUUGUUUUUUAAGACUUUAUUUUACCAACCACUGAUUUUAUCUGUACCGUUUGUACUGUAACCAUACAUAGUGCUAGUACAAAUGGUGAGUUAUGGUCAGUGAAGUAAGUAGCAGUUGUGUUAAUAUUGCUUAAUUCUGUCCUUGAUAUUAUGAUCACAGGUAUUGCUACUGGGUAUGUAUAUUAACGGUUUGUUUGACGUUUUAUUUCAAUGUAUAGGGUGUGGGUGAAGCCAUUGUUAGUUACUUGAAGGUCUGUGUUAUUAAUUUGUGUGUAUUGUACAGCCAAGACCAGAUCUGUUGUUUUUUUCUGUUAUUCUGUGCUGUGAUAUCAAGUCAGUGUUUGCCACAGAUCUUGUAGCAGAUGGUUGCUGGACGUGUCCCGUGUAAAAAAAAAAAAAAAAAAAACCGUGAAAUUUGACACUUGAAGAGUGUUGUGCCUCUUGCUUUGAGAGCGUUCAUGUUUCUCAAACUCUCCAGGCUGAUGCGAGCUAACGAACCAUGAUUAACCCACUUCCAUGUUUCUCUAACAACCACUUUCCACCCGUCACAAUACGCAAUCAGUAUAAAUCAAGGAAUGUGAGAACUCCAGGUGAUUAGUGCCUAAUUGUUGCCCAACGAGCAUGUGAGCAAAGGAUAAACUGAUUCAAGGUCAGUGCUUUGGGGUGGAGAGCACUGAACACACUGUACAUGCUACUUUUUAUUCAGAUGAGCAGUGAAGGCUGAUCCUGUGUUUUCCCUCCACCUCGAUGUAAGAUGACCUCCUACUGCCACAGUGACCAUGUGGCGCCUUGAGUCCUUCUGUGAAGUCUACGGCCCUCUUGUCUGAGGCUCAAAGGCAGAUAAGAGUGGCAGGUGGCAAGAGCAGAACCCCGAUACGUGUGAAUCGGAGCCUUCAUGCUAGGACAGAUGUGUAUGUUACACGAAGUGACAGUGACUUUGGUGCAGUAGUUCAGUGCCUAUAUACGUGAGGUGGUGCCUCUACUAUGAAUUACACAAUAAACCAAUUUAUUUGCUGUCUGA